CUGCUUUCAGUUCAUUCGGUCAUCUCAAGCAUAGAAAAUCGGCUUAAAGGCACCGAGGUGGACCCUGGUCACACACAAGUUUCAACGCCCUCCAUCAGUAAUGCGCCCCGGCAGCUGGAAUCUGGUGCUCGUCUGAUCACUGCGGAGACUUGUGGUACUAAAGUUGUUCUUCAGAUGCCUCGGGGAAAUAUUGAAGUUAUUCAUCCGCCGGCACUUGUGUUUGAAUACCUUCGCCCUCUCUUCGACAGGGAGGAGGACACCGCACAAAACGUCCUCAGCACCAGUGCAUCCACGCUCUCACCGGACGCUCUACUGGCCUCAAAUGUCGCAAAACUCAGGGACAGCCUGCCAAAAAGAUCACUUGUUGAACCGAAAUUUGCCACCAAAGUUAACCUCGUAUGUGAUGCCCUUUUAGCAGCAAUGCGGACAGCCGACUCAAAAAGGUACCUUCUGCCAAUCCUGACCUGCUACGUUAAAAAACAACCCUCGGAAGUGGAGAAGGGCCUUUUGCUGUUGAAGGGUCUUCGCGGCAAUGGCGAUAUUCAAGCCUGGGACAAAGGUCUGCGUCAUUUACAGUACUACCUCACUCCGAUCAACCUCUUUCAUAUCGCUCUGGGUACCUACGACCUAGAUUUGGCUGAAGCUAUGGCCGCGCGCACCCAGCUCGACCCCAAAGAGUACAAACCCUGUCUGCAGGAGCUCCGGGGCCUGAUGCAGGAUGGAGAGGAUCCAACCCUUGCUGAGGCCUACCAACACGCGCGCAUCGACCUCCUGCUCGAGCCUUUCCUGUCUGCAAACGCCUGCCGGUUAUGGAUGCUGACAGUGGAUCGUGCCCGUUUCGCAGCCAGCCAGUCCUCCUCGAAGCCGUCUAAUGCCAGUGAUAAUGAGGAGGACCUGGCCGACGAUGAGAUCCGGCGACAGGCUGCCAAACUUGCCUGUAGGUUUCGGCCUCGCUUGCCUGCAAAUUGGUUAUUUAUGCACAGAGCAUGA